GGGCAGUGUUACGUUGUCGCGUGAACCUUGUAGCAGAGGCAGGUUACAGGUAGUGGGGAGGUAUCCUCGGGAAAUUAUCAAUUAGCACCAUUCGUGUUAUAUAUAAGCUCCAUAUUUACCAGUGAAAUCUAGUAGGAGUUGUCGUGAGUGGCAGGAAGGAGUGUAUCAAGCGAGGGAAGGACUGGAGGAGGAAUAACAGGAAUAGUUUGUUGGACUGAGGUGUACGAGGCAGAGGUGUGAGCAUGUCGCUAGCACGGGCCCUCUCCCGAUCCCUGCCCCUGCUACACGUGCACGGCAGACGGGAGGCAGUUACCAUUGCAGUUGCCCACUACCAUGACAAGGUGAUUGACCACUACGAGAACCCACGCAAUGUUGGGUCACUGGACAAGAAUGACGAGACAGUGGGGACAGGCCUGGUGGGCGCACCUGCCUGUGGGGACGUCAUGAAGCUACAAGUGAAGGUGGAUGAUAACGGCAAGAUCAUUGAUGCUCGGUUCAAGACGUUUGGAUGCGGCUCAGCCAUUGCCUCAUCCUCUCUAGCCACAGAAUGGGUCAAGGGAAAGACUCUUGAUGAAGCUCUCAAGAUAAAAAAUGUUGACAUCGCCAAGGAGCUCAAGCUGCCCCCAGUCAAACUUCACUGCUCCAUGCUUGCUGAGGAUGCCAUCAAGGCAGCUUUGAGUGACUAUCGGAUUAAGCAGUCUUCCAAGGAUAAGUUGAAGCAAGAGAAGCAGUAGGUUAUCUUAAGAAUUGUGGUCAUAUGAUUAUUUCAUUGUAUAGUAAAUCCAGGAUAUAUUUAACUAGUUAGCAGAAAGCUGGGAUUUUUAAGCUGAAAGCUUGAUCAGUCAACUUGCCUUGGGAAUUCAAAUACAGGCUGGAUGAUAACCAAAACCUAGCACUUGUCUAAUAUAGUUGCAUUAUCAGUCAACUUCCCAUGGGAAUUCAAACACAGAAUGAAUAAUAACCAAAACCUAACACUUGUCCACUCUGGGUGCAUUGGGAAGCUAUACCUUGCUAUAAACUGUCAGGAUCUGUUAGGUUUAUCAAAUAUAGAAACUGAUGAGACCCAUGCAUUAUAGAGUUGAGAGACAGAAGACAUGGGAGCAAGGUAAAGUUCUGCUUGAAACAGUGUGUGGCUGCUUCAUUGUGCUGCUUUUCUCAUCCUCUGCUCUGAUAUUUUGAUGCAAUUAUGAAACAAAAAAGUUAAUGCAUUAUAGUUUAAUGUAUUUAAGGUUAACUGUACCUUUUAUUAUGUUCACAUAGCAAUUCAUUGGUUGUAUUAUAUGCAAAUGGCAAUGAGUAUCUGUCACAGAAUAUUGCAGUUUAUGUAUAGUACUGUUUUCAAGUCGUAGCUCAAAAUUCAUAAACUAUUGUGAGAUUCAGGUUAGUUUCAGAUUAAUUGCUACUGAUUUGUACUCGCCUCUUUUCUUAUUUUUGUAAAUAUGGAAAUUAUUUUAUAUCAGAAAUAUUAUGAGGCUAGAGAUAAUUUUAGGUGUUACACAUGUAAACAGUUUAUAGCACAGUGGUUAUCAAACUUUUUUGCUGAGUGGUACACUAAAGGUAUAUCUUGGACUCUGACAGUGCACCAAACAUAUAGUGCAGGCCUACCAAGCAGCACAAAUUUAAGAACACUUUCCUAUCUAGGAGAAAUAGGCAGCACAUUUUGGUGAUAGUCACACAGUUUGCAACUCACUAGUAUAGUGUGAAUUUUUUUCUCUCUCUCUCUCUCUCUCUCUCUCUCUCUCUCUCUCUCUCUCUCUCUCUCUCUCUCUCUCUCUCUCUCUCUCUCUCUCUCUCUCUCUCUCUCUCUCUCUCUCUCUCUCUCUCUCUCUCUCUCUCUCUCUAGGUUUGUUACAGGCUACCUAAUUAGAUGUAAGUCAUUGCCGGUGUUGUAUAUUGGAUUUAAAAAUUUACAGCUUCAUAAAAUGUCUGUGAUCAAUAGAGUAUGUCCAAAGUUCCAACUUUGUAGAGUUCCUGUUGUGUUGGAAGUGAUUAUUAUUUAUGCCAUGAAAGUAGAAUAAGAAGUGCUACACCAGCAUUUUACAUGUAUAUCACUCCCAUUAAUCAGUUACAUGUCUAAAAAUCAAAUGGGAAAUUAUUGACAUUAUGUACUACUCUGGGCAACUUGUACAUAUGUAUUAUUUUUUAUAGUAUAUAUACAGCAAAGAUACAUCAGUGUAGAUACCUGUAUAUUAAUUGGUUUGCAGUAUAUAUUUUCAAUCCAU